CUCCACACGGGGCAAAGAUAAACGCCGUAGCGGCUGAAUCGUUACAAAUUUAACUACAAGCGGAUGUUUGAAGGACGAAUGUGCUCGGGCUGAACAUGGGUGAAAACUUCUUCAAUUAAGUUAAAAGGAUGUGGAUUCAAGCGGAUCGGUUGAUCAAACUUGGGAUGUAUAACUUCAUGAAGUGAUCCAUGUGGUCGCCUGUGAUCGAGUAUGUUGGGGUGUAACCUUUUGCAUUGGCGGCCAGGUAACUACAUCAGGAUGUUCAACCUCCGAAGGAGAGAUCGUCGGAAGUCGAUUGUCGUCUGCAUAGUUUCUUUGUUCUUGAUGUACUACUUGUACACAACGCUGACGAUGCCCGUGCGGUUUUUAUUUAUCAACGAAAAUGUUGACAAAAAGUGCAUUAUCCCCGACUUGGAUCCUUUUGAUCCAACGAUAAUGAAAUAUGUGUGGAGCCCGGAUCCUAUCCGCUGUGAUCCUACUCCAGAUAUUGUAAUUGUCAACGAUUACGGUUUUGUCGAAUUUAACAAGUCUACAUUUCCGUUCUUCGGUGAUACGGCAUAUAGGUGCAGCUAUACAGCGUUAAUUCGUACAAAAGAAGAUGAUGAAAGUGUGUCUGUCGGAAAUGAAAUAUUUUUUUCGCCUCCUUUCCGUGUCCCUACUGACUUCUUCCGGCUGAGAUGCUACACGGAGAAUGGUGGAAAGAAAAUAUUCGAUACAUUACAGGAGAGCGUCUUUGUGACUGAGGAAGAUCUAAUUGUAAAAGACGCAGAACAGUCAACGAAAUACAGUGUGUUCAUGUUUGGAAUUGACUCAACAUCCAGACUGUCAGCAAUAAGAAAAUUGCCGAAAACGUACGAAUACAUAACAAAAGAACUCAGCGCUUUUGUAUUCAAGGGUUAUAUGAAGGUUGCUGAUAACACCUUUCCAAACCUUGUGCCAACGUUGACGGGUAAACGCCCGUGGACUAAUGAUCUACCGAAUCCCGGGGGCGGCAAAUACGACGUUAAUCCGUUUCCAUUUAUCUGGAAAAACUUUUCGCAUAAAAACUAUGCGACGUUUUUUGCAGAAGACUAUCCAAUAUUGGCAACAUUUAACACAGAAGGAAAAGGCUUCACGAAUCCUCCCACAGAUCAUUACAUGCGUCCAUGGAUGUUGGGUCUUAAGAAACUUGACUUUGCCUCAGAGGUUUUGAAGUCUGUACUUCUACCCUUCGAAUAUAGCAACAUUAAUUUAAAAUCCACUUCAUCGUUGUGCUAUGGUAACAAGCCGAUCUUUAAGCACUUGAUAAACUAUUAUAAGCGGUUUGUAAACAUGUACAAAUCUAAGCUGCGGUUUGGUUUUUCAUGGUUGGUGCAAAUUUGCCACGAAUUUAUUAACUACUUAGAACUAGGGGACGACGACUUUUUCCAGUUUUUCAAAUACUUGAAUGACAAUGGACAUUUAGAACAUUCGUUUUUAAUUUUCUUUAGUGAUCAUGGGUCUAGAAUUGAUGACAUUCGUAACACAUUUGUCGGAAGAAUAGAAGAACGAAUGCCUCUUCUAUCGAUCAUUCCGCCGAAAUCAUUUCUCAGUCGUUUCCCGACACUAGCCAAAAACCUAAAGGAUAAUACCGAAAAACUUACAUCUAACUUUGAUCUCCAUCAAACACUUAUUGAUAUACUCACAGAAGAUUUUGAACACAGUUCUGCGCUGAAAUAUUCUCGUAAUGAUCGAGGUGUCAGUUUAUUCCAGCCCAUUUCAGACGCCAGAUCCUGUUCGGAUGCGUCCAUUCCUGAACAUUUCUGCGCCUGUUACGGGUCCACAAAGCUGCCACCGGAAGAUCCAACGUCCGUUAAAGCUGCACGUUUUGCAGUUUCCCAUUUGAACAACUUAUUAGGUAAAUACACCAAUAUUUGUGCGCAUCUAUCGUUGCAUAAAAUCCAUGAAGCGCACAUAAUUUCUCUCGGUCUUUCUGCACGCGGGGAGGAGGAAUCGAGGUGGACCCUUAAAAAGUUCUUCACUGAGCCAGAACAAGAAAAGAACAAGCGCUUUCUUGUUAUCUUUGAGACGAUCCCCGGACACGCCAUGUUUGAGGCUACAGUUAACUAUAAUACGGACAUCGGAAUGGAGAUCAUGGAUGACAUUAGUAGAACUAACAAAUACGGCAACACUUCUAUAUGUGUCCCUGAGAAACCGCUGCAUAGGUACUGUUAUUGCAAGACGAACUUACCGCAUUAACCGAAUGCAGUGUGCGCUUCAACUUCAAAAUUUUCGAACUUAAUGUUAUAAACCGACUGUAAAAAUUACCUCUUCGGGCACUUGCUUAAGCCUAUGUAAAACCUGCAUUUCUUCAUGAACGUUCUGCUUCGUACUAAAGAGAAAUACAGUUGUUAUGAGGUUUCAUGGUAUGCAAUUUUCCAUAUUAUAUAGUUGUUGUUUCUAAGUCUUUUGUUCUUGUUAUUUUUAUAUAUUUUUGUCUGUGAUGUUAUAAAUGUCAAAGAGUAAUUGGGGCUUAAAAUGCCUUUUUUUUCUUAAUUCGCUUAUAGAUUAUAACUUAACAUUUAGUUAGUAAUUAUUAUUUUUUAUGUAUUUGAUCCAUGUUGUGUGAAUUUUUUUUUUGUCCAAUACAAUGACAUUGUGUCUGUGAUGUUUUAUUUUAUAUCAAAGAGAACGUUUUAAACGCCGUUGUCUUUUUGCCCUAAUUAUAUUACCAUUUUACAAAUUGUUCAUGGACAAAAGGAUUAAAACAUAGAUUAUUAUGAAAAGAAGACUUUGCUUUUAAUACAAUAAAUCAAAACAAUACAUACAUAUAUAAUGAGUUUAUAUGAAAUAUUUCUGCAUGACCUCUUCAGGAAAGCAUGUGUUAUUGAUCUCGAUAAAUAUUUUAUCAUGCUGUUAAUUGUUUUGACGCAUUUGAAUUACUACACUUUUAUCAUGUAACAUGAUGUUAAAGGUUACAAGGUAUUUCUUAAGAUGCAAUUAACCACAAAAUUGAUACUCCUUAAGGAAAAUUUACAUAUUGCCUGUGACGUUUUGAACAUGAAACCAAUUUUUUAACUUAUUGUAUGAACUUGCAAAAUAAGGUAUACAUUGUACGUUUUUAGGUUGCUAUCCUUUGACUUAACAUUGUUUAUUAUCAGUUCGCUUGUAUAGUUGAUCUUGAAUGCUUUGAGCUUUUAUUAGUACAUACGUACUGCUCAAAGUGCAUCCUCGUAACGGCAAAAAACAUUUAAAAAAUAGAGAGAUUCUCAAAAACAAAACAAUGAUAAAAACCGUAAUCAAUUGACGAUUCAAUCUAUCUUACGGAGGAUCCGGUGAAAGUCGAUGUAUCACGAUUGGUUGAUAAAACACGAGAUCUAUCUUUUGGAGGAUUUCGGAAAUUGCCGAUGUGAAUUUUUAUCAUAUUAAAAAAUUCUGAAUA